UCCCAAUAGCCCACUUCGCAGUUCCUACUACCAAUUGUGUUUUAGUACACUCAACCCUCAAACCCCAUGGAUCCCAAGUUCAAUGGCGACUGGAGUGCCAAUGAGAUCGAGAUGGUGAGAUCAAUCAUAGCUAGUCACGACGCCAACAGCAGUUGCACCAACAACAGGAAUGCUAAGCACUAUGGCAUUGUAGAUGAGCUCCAUGCUAGAUUCCCAAGGAAGAAUAAGCGUCAGGUAAUUGACUUGUAUGUUGAUCUUGUGGUUGAGAUGCUAAAUGCAAUGGAGAUGAGCAGCAACCAACUGCCUAUGAUGAGCAACGACCUUGUGGUCGACAAUUUUGGAGUGAUGGUGGAGAACCCAGGCAUGCACAGCAUGGAUCUGUUUCCUAGUUACUUAAUAGAUGAGAUGAAGGCAAAGAGGACGGUGGAGGAACAACACCAUAGGCAAGUUGUUGUUCCUCAAGAGGACAAGCAACGCGCAAGGAGGUUUUGGACUCUGGCUGAGCACAGGAAUUUCCUGCUUGGCUUGCGAGCGUAUGGACGUGGUAAUUGGAAAAACAUCUCCAAGGACUUCGUCACCACUAAAACGCCAGUGCAAGUCUCCAGCCAUGCACAGAAGUUCUUUCGUAGGCAGGAGAGCACCACAAAGAAGCAGCGCUACAGCAUCAAUGACGUCAGCCUCUAUGACGCUAAGCUAUGGGUGCAGGACAACUCCUCUAGCUGGGAGGCUUUCACUAGCAAUGCUUACAACCCAUACUCUUAUGGCUUUGGUGGCCAGCUCACCAUGGACAACCUCACACAGGUUUAUUCAGCCAGUCAGGCGAGCAACAACCAGACACUCACCUGGACUGGAGAUCAGCAGACAUCGAGUCCUUCUGCAGCUCCUACGACGGAGGAGGAUGGGACCCAAAUGGAAUGGACCAAUUAUUAUUAGCUUGGAGACUGUGUCCCUAAGUGGUGAAUAGACAUGAGCAACAUAAUGUAGUAGUUGCUACAUAUGGUUUAGUAUAUCCUAUGAUGCAUGGACACCUAUCUCGUUGAAGACAAUAUGUAUGGUAGUUUUAAGUGUUUGUACCUCAAAUAGUUCCAUUGUCAUGCACUUUGCAAUGAACUAGUAUCAAUGUGGUCCCAUUAUAUGUAUG